AGGCAAGGAGCUCUGUGUUGCAGCUUGUGCUCAGUUUCCAGGGGAGCUGAACAGAAGAGGGUCUCCUGCUGAGAUGUAAUGUGCCACCCUUGCUUUGUCCUGUGCUGAGAUGUAUGUGUCAUCCGUGCUUUGUCCUGUGCUGAGAUGUAAUGUGCCACCCUUGCUUUGUCCUGUGCUGAGAUGUAAUGUGCCACCCUUGCUUUGUCCUGUGCUGAGAUGUAAUGUGCCAUCCUUCCUUUGUCCUGUGCUGAGAUGUAAUGUGCCAUCCUUGCUUUGUCCUGUGCUGAGAUGUAAUGUGCCAUCCUUGCUUUGUCCUGUGCUGAGAUGUAAUGUGCCACCCUUCCUUUGUCCUGUGCUCUUUGCAGCUGCUCUUUUUCUCUGGAACCUUCCUAAUAAUUCUCAGACUGCCAAGUGAGCAUCACUGUUUCUGGCUCUGCUUCCUGGAUCCUGGAUGCCGCACUGAGUGGGACAAGGCCUUUGAAGACCCAAGCUUUUGUCCACAGAAGAUGGAUUUGCUUCCACUGACCUGAGGGUAGAGAUGGCGACUUCAUCCCACCAAGGAGCAGCUGCAGGAAGCCAGGCAGAGCCCAGAAGCUGUGAAACAUCCAUAGGACAGGGGGAAAGACUAAGUGCCAGCCGGGGUCAGGAGGGCAGCUUCAAGCAGAGCCAGGGACCAUCCACAUUGCGGCUCCUCCUGCUAGGGAAACAGGGCGCAGGCAAAAGUGCCACAGGAAACACCAUUCUGGGGAAAGCCUUGUUCAAGUCCAAGUUCAUUGAUCACAUGGUAACCAACAGGUGCCAGAGCGAAAGUGUGUCAGUAAGAGGGAAGCAGGUCAUUGUCAUCGAUACCCCGGAUCUUUUCUCCUCACUGAGCUGUCCAGGGGUAAGGCAGCAGAACCUGCAGCAGUGUUUGGAGCUCUUAGCUGAUCCCUGUGUGCUGCUCCUGGUCACUCCCAUUGGCCACUAUACAAAGGAGGACAGGGAGACCAUUGAGGGCAUCCAGGGUCAGUUUGGUCCUAAAGCCUACAGACACAUGAUUGUGGUUUUCACUCGGGAAGAUGAGCUGGGUGAAGACUCGCUACAGGACUACAUCGAGAGCAAGAAGUCUCUGAGGGAGUUGAUUAAAGACAUUGGAAGUCAACGAUGCUGUACUUUCAACAACAAGGCAGACAAGGAGCAGCAGGAACUGCAGGUGCUCAAGCUUCUUGAUGCAAUUGAACUGUUGAUGAUGGAAAGCCCUGGGCCAUAUUUUGAGCCCUUAAAAAUGGAAAGCAGUAGAGUCCAGGGUUGUGGGAAUGGUGUGAUGUAUGAAGGAGACAAUCUGCGUGGUUCAAAGAAGAGGCAGCCUCAGAUCACAGGACCUGACUGUAAAACUGAAAUGCCAGAGCUGAGGGUCCUUCUCAUGGGAAAGCGUGGUGUUGGGAAAAGUGCAGCAGGAAACACCAUUCUAGGGAAGCAGGUUUUUAAGACUCAAUUCAGUGAUAAGCAGCGGGUCACUGAGGCCUUCGCAUCCCACAGCAGGGACUGGAAAGGGAAGACAGUUCGGAUUAUUGAUUCUCCAGAGAUCUCAUCAUGGAAGCUAGAUGAGUCUGAUGUCAAGGAUUACACCUUUCCAGGUCCCCAUGCCUUUCUGCUGGUGACACCACUGGGUUCUUCUUUAAAGAGUGAUGACGAUGUGUUCAGCAUCAUCAAACGUAUAUUUGGAGAAAAAUUCACCAGGUUCACAAUUAUUCUCUUUAACAGGAAAGAAGAUUUUGUGGGUCAGGCUCUGGAUAAAUUUAAAAAGGAAAAUGAUUCUUUCUAUAAUCUCACCCAGAAAUUUGAAGGAAGAUACACAAUCUUCAACUACCGAGCAUUUGUGGAGGAGGAGCAGGGCCAGGUGGACAAACUACUGAACCAAAUCGAGAGCAUGGUGCAGUGCCACAGCAACAAGCCUUGUGUCAUCAGAGAGAAAGAACUCUUAAACAUCAUCCUCUUGGGAAGGAGUGGGGCUGGAAAGAGUGCAACUGGGAACACUAUCCUGGGGAGACCUGCCUUCUGCUCUCAGCUCAGAGCUCAUCCGGUCACCAGCAGGAGCCAGAGUGGCAAGAGGACACUGGACUGGCAGGAUGUUGUGGUUGUGGACACUCCCUCAUUCAUCCAGAUGCCUGGUACUGCAAAGGAUCCUUCCAGGUUAAAGGAGGAGAUCAAGGACUGUUUGCUUCUCUGUGAAGAAGGCAUGAAAAUUUUUGUUCUGGUGCUCCAGUUGGGACGGUUCACCCAGGAAGAUGAGGCAGUGGUGGAGCAACUGGAGGCAGGUUUUGAAGAAAACAUUAUGAAAUAUAUGAUUGUGCUGUUUACACGGAAGGAAGACCUAGGGGAUGGGAACAUUUAUGAUUAUACUAAUAACACAAAGAACAAAGCCCUUAAAAGAAUACUUAAAAAGUGCAAGGGGCGAGUUUGUGCUUUUAAUAACAAAGAAACUGGUGUAGACCAGGAGACCCAGGUGAAAGAUCUGUUGAAAUUAGCCAAUAGUAUCAAAAAGAACUAUGAUGAGCAUUCAAAUUCAUGGGUGGGUCCAUUCAAAUCAACACUAGGCAAAUUAUGGCAUUAAAAUGAGCUCAAGUGAGCAGUUUUAAGGCCUGGGGAGAAUUUAGGGAUGCCAUCAGACAGAGGUGGGAGUGGAUGAGAGGAGGAAGGACUAGUAGGGUAGAUCCUCUCAAAGAAGGUUCAUAACUUUGAAGGCUGAGGGAUAAAUGCAUCUGAUGAUGUAGAUAUUUGGGUAGAUAAAUUGUCAAGUUAAGCCAGGCAGAAGGGAAUUAGAAGACAAAAAGAAUACAGAAGAGAAUAUUGGAAAUGUUUUAAAUAUGAUAUUAAGGAUCAAAACACUUUACCAGUGUAAGUUGGAUAGAGUGAGGGUUGUUACUGUUCCCAAGGCUCAGGUCAAUGUCAAGCCCAAUAAGAUAGUGCCCUGAGAACCAGGGUAUUUAAACACACACACACACACACACACACACACACACACACACACACGCAUGCACACACACACACACUCACAUUCAUGCCUAGCAUGGUAAAGGUAGUUGUGAACCUCAACAUUCCAACUUCACUCUUUGUGCCCAGCUUCGUGGGUAUAUGAAAUUUCUUUCCUGGUGUUCUGUACAUGGUUGAGAAGAUCUACUGGAAGUUGCUUGCAGUGAGAUGAUGAAUAUAAAGUCUUCUCCAAGGUGUAUUAAGGGUCAGAAGAUUUUGAUGAUCAGCCAUUAUCAUAUGUACUUUGAGGGUAAGAUCUAUAGGAUAUGUGUUUAGUUAUCUUCCAACCUACUGAUAAUGAAGUCUGAGAAUUAAUAUGUUUUUGAUAUUGUAUUUUAAUCUUUGCCAAGAGGCCAAGAAAUAAUCCAAC